AUGUGUGCCGUUGCUGCCUUCCACGACGCUGAUAAUCCGGAGCGGUUCGACGUCUGCAAUCGCGAGUACCGACGGCUGGUUUCUGAGUCGCUCUUUGAGAAACAGGAUAUCGAGUACAUUCGAGCUUUGUGUAUCGGUGCAUUUUGGCUUCCAGAUGCCUCACGUAUACUACUUUCUGAAGCAAUACGCAGAGCAGCAGAUCAUCAACUCCACCGGCACUUCCAUGGCCUCAGCGAACCAUAUUUGGUGGCGGGUUCUACGCCAGGUUCGUCUCAGCAGUAUCAUUUAGCCAGGGACAGGAUCCGGCUGUGGUAUCUACUUUACGUUUGCGACCAACACCUAUCAAUCUUGCACAACCGAGACUGUAUUAUUCGACCGGAGAAGGAUGCCAUCGAAAGCAGAGAGCUCUUUGUCGUAGGCGAAAGCUCCAUGCCUAGUGGAGACACCAGGCCCAUGUCCCAAGUCUCCUUACUCGUUACUAUGGGCCAGAUUAAAGAUGCGUUCGGCAGCGAGCAGAGUAGACCACUCUCAAGGUCUUCCGUCGUGCAGCUCUCGCACUUUGCUCGAGAGCUUGAUCAGUGGUACUCGAGAUGGUCGGCCUCAUUCGAGCCAGAUCAGUAUAUUGGAUCGUUCCCUCUCGCAGGCCUUACGAUGCACUUCCAGUUCAGCAAGUUGUAUCUUGGUCACCACGUUUUCCGCGGCCUCAAGACGGACCCGAUACCUCCCUACUUCCUCCAGGCUGCGACAACAGCCCGAGAAGCGGCCCUCACCAUCUUCAGCAUCAUACUCGACAAUCAGUCGUUUCGAGCACAUAUCGUCGGCAUGCCGGCCUACUUCCACAUCAUGAUCUCGUUCGCCGGCCACUUCUUACUAGAGCUUUGCCUCAAGUACCAGGAACAGCUGAACGUCAUCGUCGAAGAAGACUUUCGCCUCGUCAGUGCAGCUUUAGCUGUCUUUGCGAGGACACCUGUGAUGUCGCAUCAUCCCAUCUCACGAGUGACGGCAGGACUGAUGAGGAAACUCAACGAAUGCACGGCAGCACUGGGAAUGGAGAGUGUUCUGACAGAGAGCCCUUUCGGAAACGGAGAGUAUGCCGCUGCCAGAGACAUUACUGGAACAGUUACCCACGAUCCCUCGAUGAACUCCGCAUUCGAUUUGCAUCUUGCGAACGGGCUGCCCGACGACUUGCUGUACGCUGAGUUUGGGGAUCUAGCUUUCUCAAAUCCUGAGUUCAAUUUCACAUGA